AUGGAACUCUUUAGAUGCAAAUAUCUAAGCCAUGAAAACGAAGAAAUAUUAGGAUUUUGUUUAAAUUAAGAUUGUUAAAAUACAACUCAAUUUUGUUUCGAAUGUUUAAAUAAGCAUCAUACAUAACAUUUUAAUGAUUGUAUUAGAUUUACCAAAAUUGUUUAAUUUAUAAAUGAAUUCAUUCAAGAGAAAAAUCAAUCUAAGAAAUAAAUUUAAGAAAUCUCUAAAUAAUUCUAAAAUCAAUUCGAAUAGAUCACAAAAACAAUAGAUUAGGAUAUUAAAAUAUUAGAAAAUAUGAAUCAACAACUUUAAAACCAGGAUUAUUAAACUUUUAAGCAAUAAAUUCACAUAAUUAAACAUUAUUAUUCAAAAGAGAAAGAAAAUUUUCUAUGUAUCUUUUAUUUAUAAUAGAAUAAUAAAUAUUCCAAUUAAAUAAUAUUCUUGAAACAAUUAAGAUUGAGGAAACAAAAUAAAAUUAAGUAGUUGAUUAAAUCUAUCCUGCUUAAAAAAAAGAUUCUAAGAAAGAAGAAUCUAAUUAGGUGAAUAAAGAUUAAGAGAGGUCUUUAAUUUUCAACUUCGAGGAAAUAUUUGAUACUGGUAUUACAAUCUUUUUAGAAAUAGGAGUAGCACUAUAAAAUUUACAGAAAUACUAAGAAUCUAUUGAGAGCUUUGACAAGGCAAUUUCAAUUAAUCCUUAAAAUGAUAGAGUAUGGAAUCAUAAAGGUAUAUAUUUCAAUGAAUUAUUAUAAAGGUUCUGCAUUACAUGAUUUACAGAAAUUUAAGGAGGCUAUUGAAUGCUACGAAAAAGCAAUUUUGAUUAAUCCGAAAAAUGAUAUUGCAUGGAGUAACAAAGGUCAUAUAUUUCAAUAUAUUAAUCUAUAGGCUCAGCAUUACACUGUUUACAGAAAUAUGAAGAGGCUAUUGAUUGUUAUGAAAAAGUAUUUUUGAUUAAUCCUAACAAUGAUACCGCAUGGUCCAAAAAAGGUCAUAUACCUCAAUUAAUUGUUAUCUAGGUUCGGCAUUACACAGUUUAGAGAAGUAUGAAGAGGCUAUAUAUUGUUAGGAAAAAGUUAUAUCAAUUAAUCCUAAAAAUGAUAUUGCAUGGACUAACAAAGGUAAUAAAUUUAAAUUUAUACUUCUAAAGGUUCUGCAUUACACUGUUUACAGAAAUUCUAGGAUGCUAUAGCCAUUAUCAAAAGAAAUUUUGAAUUAUUGGCUUCAUUAAAUUAUAUAAAUUAUCAAAAAUGA